ACUCCUGCACUGCUCUCCUUUAGUCUCAUUUCACUUCUCAGGUGUUUUCUGCAGACUGAAGCCACAAGCAUUGGUGACUCAGGCCUGGUCAGGAAAAGUCAAGCGUGGCUGUCUAACCCAGUGAGGCGGCUUCCCCACUGUGGCUUUCUACAGACCCCUCUCUGCUUUACAACUAACCUAACCAACGACCACUUUCCUGACAUCAGAGACAAACCAGUCAAAUUGGAACCUUGGGUUUGCUAUUUAUAAUACUUGAUAUUCUUGCCGUGGGCUCAGUGCUAAAAUAGGCCUGUGUGGAAGCCUAGGUUUCCUUUCUGAAGAGAGCUGUGGUUCUCCAGCUUCCUUGUUCAGGCUGUGUGGCCAGGCCCCAGUUCCAAUGGAGCUGACCGUUUACUGGCAUGUACCAAUCCCUCCCUCAGUGCCCAGUGCUGGAAGCUGAUUCUAGUGUUGGCCCAUCUUGCUCCCCACAGCCAAGUUUGGAGACUUUCCUCAAGAAUAUUCACAAGAACUAGAGUUGGCAUAGAUUGACACACAUUGUCAAAUAGCCUUCCAGGAAAUUUAUAUUGGGAGUAGAUAGAAGUGAUGCUACUAAGAAGACAGCCUAUGGCUGGAGCAGAACUGAAUGUCCUUUUAUUUAUUCCUAAAUCAUUAGUCUUCAACAUUAAGCCAGUCAGCAAGAACACCUAAUGGCAAAUGCCUCCCCGCUGCUGUGUCUCCAGCCUUCCUGUUGAAGGCAACUUCUCGGUCAGUUUCUCACACGUCCUCUAUGAACUCAGUUAAGAGGACAGCCAACUGCACCAUGGCUCCUAUGUUGUCUGUAUGGCCAGCUGCUGGGCCUACUCUUCUCUUGCCUUCAGGGUUAACACAGUGUUUGACAUCUGUAUGGAAAUGCCUGUUGGGUGUCUGGGUGAUACUUGUUCUGCAUCUCCUUAGUAAAUAGCACUAGGGUAAAGCACAAGGUUGCUGCUUUGUUGUCCAAUGUCCAUAUCCCUCCCCCGCUUACAACUGUUCUUUGCAGUUCAGGAAUCUUUAGCUUCUCCUUUAACCUCUACCCUUUUGUCCCUGUUCUGUGGAGUAUCUAGAAAGGACCUGCUUUUCCACCUUGAUUUGAUUUCAAGGAUUCCCUUCUCAGACCUUUAGCUGGAGGGUUUUCACCCUCAGGUACAGCAACAGACAUCUGGUAGAGGUGAGCUUGAGGCAACUCUCCUCCAUCAUCUGUGGCCAAGCAGUGGAAACUGCCUCUCUUCCAUGGAGGUGGAAAGGAGAGCCUAUAAGAAGGCCUGGGGCACCUCACAGGAGCCUAGAGACUGAUGAAAGAACCAGGGAAGGACCAGAAAGGACUGCUAGAGACCUCAGCAAUGAAUACUCAUGAGCCUUCCCAUGUGGUCCUAGUCAGUCCCAAGAUGGUUAAUGUUGGCUGGGGUGGGAUCAUAGCACACUCGAUCCUGAGCUCAGCCCUGUGUCUGGGACUCUCCUUCAGAAGUGCAGUAGCCGCCACCACAGUGUGGACAUGGCACCUGUACCCAGAGAGCCUUGCUUUCUUAUGCAGUUGUGCUCUCUCUGGAUGUUCUCUCUUCUCCAAGUCACUGCCUGUGCUUCCCUCUCAGCGUUCCACUAGAAAUCACCUUCUCCAAAGCUGUCUCCAGUUCUCCCGGGUAACUCUGGGUUGGUUCUACCUGCUGUGAAAUUUUGUGCACAUUGCUGGAUAUGACCUGCUAAGUUUUUUUUUUUCUUAAGGUUGUUUUGUUUGUUUUGGUUUUUGAGGCAAGGUCUCAUGCAUCCCAGGCUAAUCUGGGAUCCACUCUGUAGCUGGGGAUGAGCUGAUUCUCCUGCCUCUCAGGGCUGCGAUUAGGUGUGCACCAUCAUUCCUUCCUUUGACAGUGCUAAACCAGGUCUGAGCUGGGGUAAUGCUCCACCAGCCGAGCUGGAGCCGCAGUCCCCACUGAGAAGGACGUUUGUAUCUGCGUUCAUAAGUGAUGCUGCUGUCCGGACGCACUGCACUUAUGUACUUAGUUUUUGAGGAAACUGUAUUAUUGCCGGGUGGUGCUGAUGCACACCUUAAACCCAGCCUCAGGAGCAAAGGUAGGCAACAGAGUCAGAGACAGCUCCUGCUCCCACUGUUAGGAGCCCCACAGGAAGACCAAGCUACACAACUGUAACGUACCCAGAGGGCCGAGGGCAGUGCCAUGCAGGCUCCCUGGUUAGUGGUUCAUUCUCUGAGCUCCUAUGGACCCAGGUUAGUUGAUUCUGUGGGUUUUCUUAUGGUGUCCUUGACCUUUCUGACUCCUACAAUCCCUCCUCCCCUCUUCCGCAUAAUCCCCCGAGCUCUACCUAAUAUUUAGCUGUGGGUCUCUGCAUCUGUUUCCAUCAAUUGCUGGGUAAAGCCUCUCUGAUGAUAAUUGGGCUAGAUGCCAAUCUACGAGUAUAGCAGAAUAUUAUUAGAAACCAUUUCAUGGACUUUGUUUCUUCUGUUCAUUUGCUUGUUUACCAGUCCUGUUUGGGUCUAUCCUAGGUUUCUAGGCUAUUCAUUCAGCCUCUGGGAUCUGGCUCUCCAGGCGGUGUCAGAGGUGGGCUUCCUCUUGUGACAUGGGUAUCAAGCUGGACCAGUUAUUGGCUGGCCACCCCACCCCCCAACUUCUGGGCCACCUUUACCCCAGCACUUGCAGUUCGAAGGUUUUAUGGCUGAGUUGGUGACCCAAUCCCUCUACUGGAAGUCUUGCCUGGUUACAAGAGAUGGCCAGUUUAGGCUCUGUGUCCCCCCAUUGCUAAGAGUCUUAGCUGGGACCACCCUCAUAGAUUCUGGGAGUUUCCUUUGCAUUGGUUUCUAGCUUGUCCCAGGAAUGCCCCUGGUCCCAGGGCCUUACAUUCCAAAUACUGGGAUUGCAGGAGAGCUCCAGCACACUCGACUAAAGGAAAGUUGUAACCACUGAGUUUCUUGUGGCAAUGUUAGAAUUUCCCUCUUGCGUGAGCUUUGCUGAUUCACAUCUGUCAAGGCAUUUGGUCAUUUCAUCUAACCUGUCAGAUGUGUUAUUACAGUAUGUCCAGGGCUCUCUUCUGUCAUCUUGCGUUGUCUAGAAGAUCUGAGACUGGGCUCUGUCUAGUUUGUGAUAUUGAUAAUUUGGGAUCAUCUCAUCUUUUUCUGAUCACUUUGCCUAGAGGAUUAUCAGUUUUACUGACAUUCUUGAUGGAUUUCCUGUUUCACUGAUUUCUAUUCUUAAAUUUAUUUCAUAUAUUCUGCUGCUUCCUACAGAUUUACUUUCUUUCUGUGGUUUCUUAAAAGUUUAGAUUAUUGUGUGUGUGUGUGUGUGUGUGUGUGUGUGUGUGUGUGUGUGUGUGUGAAAGAGAGAGAGAGAGAGAGAGAGAGAGAGAGAGAGAGAGAGAGAGAGACUGACUGACUCAUCAUUGUUUCCAGAACAUUGUAGCCAGACCAGACUUUUGGCUACCUUAUAGGUUCCACCCUUCUCCACCUAAUCCCUCCCAACCCUCCAACACUAGGUAGAAGAGAAGGAAGGCUAGAGAGGAAGGGUGUUACUAUCAUUAGGCUGUCUCCUGCUGAUUAGGAGCACUGAGUUCUUUGGGGCAGUUUUGAGAUUCAUCAUCAGGACAUCUCCAACCAACAAAUGCCAGCAGCCAGCAGAAGGAGGAGCAGCAGCAGCCGAAGCCCCUCUCGGAACUCUAGCGUUUUUAUACUCUCAAGAGCCCCCAGAGUUCCAAACGUCACAUGCUUGCAGAUCAUCAGGCAUGCAUGUGGUGCAUAUAGGCAAAACAUUCAUAGAUAUAAAGUAAAAAAAGUAAAUUCCAAAACAUUUUAAAGAAGUUCACAAACAGUUUUCUCAGUGUUACUAAAACCAGCAUGUUAAAGAACAUGUGUUUAGCCUGGAGUUGACUUGUUGUUGUGUGUACUUAUUCUGGGGAGACCCUUAGCAUCCCUGUUGGAAAACCACACAGGAGCCUCCCUGCAGGAGUCAGGAAUGACUUCUGGACUGUUCUUAGACCAUGUGUUUGAGGAAGAAGUACUCAAAACGAAAGUUGGCAAAGGAUGGAGCCACAGGGUGCACAGUGCCGGGAAUACAUCUGCCAGUGCUCAUAUAUACUAGGGCGGGAAGGUGAUUCAAGAAGCCAGCAGGCUGGAGUCAUCCUAGGAGGAAGUACAGUGGCCCAAGAGCUCUGUUCUUGUGAGCCAUGGUAGCUAUAGAGCCAGUUGAGCCUGGAAGUUUCAUACCUACUUUGCAUCCCUCAAGAUGGACUCUAGUAGUCCAAUCAGAAGACAUAAGCCAUGCGGGAUGUGGACAAUGUGAGUAAGGAUUGAGGAAGCCUAGCACAUGCCCUGUGCAGGGUACUGCUGAAUGAACUGGGACCAUUCUGGCCAGUCAUAUCCAAGUGAACAAGAAGAGAAAUCAAGGCAAUGGGAAAGGGAAGCAGGAAAUGAGAGAGCAGAGUGGAGGUAAAGCCAGGUCCCUGUCAGAGCAGCCAGGGAAUGCUUCUCCAAAGGACAGAACAACUUAUAACAGAACUGGAAGAGUACCACGGAGUUAGCUCUGUAAGGAUGAAGCAGACCGCUCCAGACAAAGGGCCUGCAUAGGGAAGUACAGACAUACUGUAUAGGCCCAGUGAGACUGGCCAGGGAGGCAUGUGAAGAGAUUCGGGUUUAUGCCAAGUAUAGUAGGAAAAUCCUAGAGAACUUAAAAGCAGGAAAACGCCCUCAGAGAGGCUGGAGAGAUGGCUUGGCAGUUAAGAGCACUGACUGCUCUUCAAGAGGACCCAGGUUUGAUUCCCAGCACCCACAUGGUGGCUUACAACCAUCAGUUAACUAUGUAUAUGGUGCACAGACAUAUAUGCAGGCAAGGUACAUGUGCAUAUAAAAUAAAUAAUGUAAAGGAUAAGGAGGGGCUGGAGAGAUGGCUCAGUGGUUAAGAGCACUGACUGCUCUUCCAGAGGUCCUGAGUUCAAUUCCCAGCAACCACAUGGUGGCUCACAACCAUCCGUAAUGAGAUCUGAUGCCCUCUUCUGGUGUGUCUGAAGACAGCUAGAGUGUACUCACAUAAAAUAAAUAAUUCUAAUAAAUACAUAAAUAAGGAAGGAAGGAAAUUUUUUUAAAAGAUAAGAAAAAAGGGAGGAGACUAUCCUCAGAUCCAGUUUCCAGAGGAGCCUCCAGCUCUGGGUUUCAGCUUGGGGGAGUGAGCUGCUGGAGCGAAGCUGCACAUGUCUUGAGGAAGCAAGCAGUGGAGUGGUGUGGGCUAUGGAGGUGGAAGGUCUGUGACAGACUUGGAAAUCAGCAGGCUAUGCAGGUAGGAUAGACCUCGAACUGAGUGGGAAGGGUGAGGUCCAGCAAGAGAACAGGUCAGUGGGGACCCUACAACUGCUCAAGGGCCUUGUGCUAAUGUGACAGGAGUGGCCACAGCUGAGGACCAAGCCUUCCUCCUGAUGUGGAUGGGAACAAUCUGGGUGGUGACCAAAUUCCUGACUCAAGUUUCUCUGUGACAAAUAGUGUUUAGAGCUAGUAAAAUUGGGCCAUUUAAACAGGCAAAUUAAAGAAAAUGUUAAAAAAACAAAAACAAAAACAAAACUCAAGUUUGACAGCCAGAGACCCUGACACCCUGGGGAAGCUGCUGGUGGAGGGGCUGCUACACAUGGUGUGCCAGCCUGGCCCCUGGGCACAGGGGCUGCCUUGAGUGACUUCGAGUGGUGGCUGUUUAGCUGGCUGGCUUUCUGGUUAGCUACAUUUGAUUCCAGCUUCUCUUUCCCAUGCCCUUCCCCUGAAGCAGUCCCCAAAUAAGAUAUUCUUUUCUCAGUAGAUAUUUCCCCCUUAGAAAACAAUUUCAGCCUGAAAGCCUUGUUAAUAGAAACCAAAUGUGAGCUCAAGCCUUCCCGUAAAUCUUAGUAGAUGAGAUCUGCUCUGAAACGAAGGCCCCACAGUGGGAAGGGUUGCCUGACUAAGGAAGGCGGUAGCAUGAUUCAGCUGGGCCACAUAAUAAAUUCUGGUUAGUAUCUGUAAUAGAAAAUGCAAGUCUGAGUAGAGACUGCGUAUUGGGCGGCUCUGUAGUCCUAGUCUCUCCAUUUCACUCCCUGUCCAAUCCCGCCCCCACUGUUUACCUAGGAGGCACUUUGGGCUUUGGAAUUUGUUUUGUUUUGCUAAGAAGUUCCUGGAACACCACCAAGAGGUAUAGAAAAGCUGAAAAGUGGGUGACAAGAUUCUGGGGAUGAGAGCUGGCAGACACUACUUUGCAGAUUGCAGCUGAUGCAAGCUGAGAAUGGGAAAUACAUUCCAGACUGACUUACAGUCCGCAUAGCUCUCAGAACUGUUGGUCUAGAGAUCGCCAGUGCUGCCAGUGCCUAUGAGGCUACAGCUAGAAUAACCUGAGGUCACAAGCAACAGAAAACUGAGUCGACAUGUUUUCUUUCCUGUUCAUGUCUACUCCUCGAUCAGGUCUCCAUCUGCUUCCUUUGCCAAAGGUGUCUCUUCCACCCCUGACCUGUGUGUGCACGGCAGCUAAGAAGAAUCUAGAAGUCCAAGCUAGGAGGGAAGCCUGACUACAGUGUGGAGCCAUGCCUUUCCUAUCUCUUCUGGGUUCUUUGGAUUUGUUAAUUGAAAGUGACAAUCUCUAUACCUCUCUCCAUCCUGAUCGUUGGCAGGAAAGGAAUGAGGGCGCACACGGCCGGCUGGGAGGCAGAUCUCAGAUCUCAGUGAGUCCUGUGCUGCAUAUAAAGGUCUCUGUGGAAGUUUUCUUGAGGCACUCGAGACUUGAGGCAACAGGCAAAACCUUAUUUCAGAGGCUUAUCUCAGACAGAGGGAAAUGACUGGAAAGAGGCUGUCGCUCAUUUGCCACCAAGCCUGCCUUUCUGUAACUGAAAACCAUACCACAUGUACGGAUCAUACCUGUGUGCCUUCUCACAUUUUAUAUGCAUGCCCUGUCAUGUUUGGGCAAUGACAAGAGUCGGGAAAGUGAAGGUUUGACUUUGGGUCAUGUUUUAGAAGGGUGGUAGUCUGUCGGGGCUGAAGCAUGAGACAGAUUAUUGUAUCAUGUCCUCAGUCAGAAAGCAGAGCGAUAUACUUGAAGUGGGUCGUCCCUCCUCUGCUAAACCUCUAUGGAAAUGCCCUCCCAGACAUGCCUGUCUGUGUCUCCUCUGUCAUUCCAGACGUAGUCAAGUGGCAUGCGAAGGUUAAACCAUCAUGGACCUUGUUCCUUCAGCACCAUCAGACAGUUUCUUUUAGUCAGGUAGUUCAAAAUCCCAAAUGAAAUGCUUCCCCGCACACUGCUUCCCAAGGCUGUUCACAGUCAUGAUGCACUGCUUGUCACAGAGAACAAGACCGGAUCCAGCCAGGCCUCCUGUCUCCUGGCCUGUGUUGAACUGUCCAGCUCAACUGACUGACUGCUCAGGAUCUCCUUUCCACAGCUGCUUGUGUGGCAUGGAUCCUGAAAAACUAAAACGAAUCCAGCUCCCAGUGCCAAGUGAAGCUGAGAAAACCACCUACAACCAUCUGCUGGCAGAGAGACUCAUCAGGAUCAUGAACAAUGCUGCCCAACCAGAUGGCAGGAUCCGGCUGGCUACACUGGAGCUGAGCUGCCUGCUCCUGAAGCAGCAAGUACUGACCAGCUCUGGCUGUGUCAUCAAGGAUGUGCAUCUGGCCUGCCUGGAGGGUGCAAGAGAAGAGAGUGUCCACCUUGUACGUCAUUUCUAUAAGGGAGAAGAGAUUUUUUUGGACAUGUUUGAAGAUGAAUACAGGAGCAUGACAAUAAAGCCCAUGAAUGUAGAGUAUCUCAUGAUGGAUGCUUCCAUCCUCCUGCCCCCAACGGGCACUCCACUGACUGGCAUCGACUUUGUGAAGCGGCUGCCAUGUGGUGAUGUGGAGAAGACACGGCGGGCCAUCCGGGUAUUCUUCAUGCUGCGAUCCCUGUCACUGCAGCUGCGAGGGGAACCUGAGACCCAGUUGCCACUGACUCGAGAGGAGGACCUGAUCAAAACAGACGAUGUCUUGGAUCUGAAUAACAGUGACUUGAUUGCAUGCACAGUCAUCACCAAGGAUGGCGGUAUGGUCCAGAGGUUCCUGGCUGUGGACAUUUACCAGAUGAGCCUGGUGGAGCCUGACGUGUCCAGACUCGGCUGGGGAGUGGUUAAGUUUGCUGGCCUUCUGCAGGACAUGCAGGUGACAGGAGUGGAGGAUGACAGCCGCGCCCUGAACAUCACCAUCCACAAGCCUGCCUCCAGCCCGCACUCUAAGCCCUUCCCUAUCCUGCAGGCCACCUUUGUGUUCUCUGACCACAUCCGCUGCAUUAUUGCCAAGCAGCGCCUAGCCAAGGGCCGCAUCCAGGCCAGGCGCAUGAAGAUGCAGAGGAUAGCCGCCCUUCUGGACCUCCCAAUCCAGCCGACAACGGAAGUCCUGGGAUUUGGACUCUGCUCCACCUCCUCCCAGCACCUGCCCUUCCGUUUCUAUGAGCAGUGCCGCCGAGGCAGCAGUGACCCCACAGUGCAACGCUCUGUGUUUGCGUCGGUAGACAAGGUGCCAGGCUUUGCUGUGGCCCAGUGCAUAAACCAGCAUAGCUCUCCGUCCCUGUCAUCGCCCUCACCACCAUUUGCCAGCGGGAGCCCCGGUGGCAGCGGGAGCACCAGCCACUGUGACUCAGGAGGCUCCUCCUCUGCACCCUCAGCAACUCAGAGCCCGGCAGAUGCCCCCACAACUCCAGAACAGCCUCAGCCUCACCUAGACCAGUCAGUGAUUGGGAAUGAAGUAGAUGUCAACUCCAAGCCCAGCAAGAACUCGUCAGCCAGGAGCUCUGAAGGGGAGACCAUGCACCUGUCCCCCAGCCUCCUCCCCGCCCAGCAGCCCACCAUCUCCUUGCUCUACGAGGACACUGCUGACACACUGAGUGUUGAGUCGCUGACCCUUGUCCCCCCCGUCGAUCCCCACAGCCUUCGAGCCCUCUCUGGCAUCUCCCAGCUCCCCGCAAUGGCUGCAGCAGAUUCGGAGACCCCAGCUGAGGGUGCUGUAAGCCCAGAGCCUGCGGGCCCCACAGAGCACUGAGUGGGCACCAGAAAUCUCCUUUUGUGUGUGUGGCCCGCUGGCAGGGACCCCUGUGCAGUUUGUGACAGCAAGACACACUGGGAACACCCACAAUUCUCCACACCCCUGAAAACUGUCCUUUAUACCUCUCCCUACAAGACACCAAGCAAGCACUCGUUUGCUCUGACCUCUUGCUGAGCGGACUGGGAUCCUAGCGACAGCCUCCUGUGACAGACAUGGCAUUGGCCACCUCAGAGGGGUCUGGGGCCCUGACCCAAGGGGCAGGACCCACUGGCUCCCUCCUUCAGGCAGCUCCUCUGUUUUCUCUCCCAGUCUGCACAGAAGCGGACAAGGUUACUUUGGAUAGAAAUCUGUGGAGAUGCAAACCUAGGUAAACAUCUCUUUGGGCUAUUUAUUUCUGUUUUGGGAAACAGAUGAAGAGAUUUAUUUUAAAAGAAUCUAUUUUGGGGGAGGGGCAAAAAAAAAAAAGUCCUCAACCAUAAGGCUCGGAGUCACAUUAGUGUCAGCUGUGAAGAUUCCCAUCCUUAGAACUUCUCCAUGUUUUUAUUCUGAAGUUGUGGGUGUCGCAUCCUCCGUCUUCCUGAGUGAUUCUUCUUUCUCUCUCCCCAACUCUGCAAGCCUCUGAGAUGAUGAAGCCUCUCCCUGAAACACGGAGGCACUUUCAAACCAAGUGAGAGACCUGGAUAUGCUCAGGUUGCAUGGGGUGAGGAGGCCAGAAGCCUCUGCUCCCACGUGACCUGAUGAUUCUGCUCCCUGCUCAGGAUGCCACCUUCUCUUCCUUCUCUCUUCCUCCAAGAAAGAUCCAUUGACAGGAAUCAAAGGAUUUAAGGCACAGAAAGUCAUGCUCAGAUGUAAUCAGCUUCCCAAGAUGCAAGUGGAUGCCCAGCUAGGGGCCCAGCUGCAAAACAGGUGACCAAAAGCAGAAUCCCACCCUUUCCCACACAAUCCUUUCCCUUGCUGCCACCACACAGCUUAUUUAUGAAAACUCCAUAUUUCUAGGCAUGUGCCAGCAAGGACCAGAUCUGUCCCAUGUGGCCCCAGCCUUCCUCUGUGUUCACCAGCCAGGUCACCACCCCAGGCUCCAUGGCAAUGCCCUCUAUGGCUCUCCUGUAGAUUUGGCCUCACAGUUUCAGUAUCCAUCAAAGGAGAGAUACACGGGUACCCCUCAGACAUGUGUCACUGUCUACUCCUCGUUAGACCUUGACACUCUGUUAGCUGAUGUCACUGCAAGCCCCAAUGCUCAGUCUUCCAAGGGGCCCUGGGAAGGUAGUGAUGCCCAUGUGUACUGGCUUCUCUGGUCUUUAAAAGCACUCCUGAAACAGAAGGCUGGGUCAGGAAGUGAACCACCCUUGCCACCCCAAAGGCCCUGGCAAAGAAGGGCUGUAGGACACUUAGCCCCUGGGAAGAGAGGAGAGUGAUGGCCACGGAGAACUAGAGCUCUCUGGACCCCACAGCCAACCUUGGUUGUUUCUUGCUCAUUUGCAGGGAGGGGUAGACAAAGGAGCAGGCUAUCCCUGUCUCUAGGACAACUGUACACUACGGGUUUUGAAAUGACAGUUGCUAGGGCAGCGUAAACGUUAUACAAUUCAAGUGACUCUCCCCCCUACAGUGUGGUCUUCAGAGAAAAGCCCAUACUGUACAGGUCGCCCCAUCCUUCUGUGACUAGCUUCUUUCUUGCCAUCCAGAGGUUUCAAGGAAGGGAAAAGAUUGCAUCCAAGGUGGUCAGCAAACCCUGAGAGGGUAGCUGCUAUGUAAAAUUCACCAAUAACAAGCCUGUCCCCACAGCUGGCUCCCAAAGGGUUCUUGCAGCCAGGAGCCUAAGACAUACCUCCAGGUGAGCAAAGAUGGACUUCCUAUGACCAGAGUUAUGACCCAUUGCUGAUGAAGGGUGGGGUCCUGGAAGAAGCAACAGGACCUCGGGACCCAGAAGGAGGACACUUUCUCACCUAAAUCUUGGUGGCAAUGGAUACAACCCAGUCUUCAGGAGCACUCUGCUAACUUGGCAGCUGUGCUCUCCAGACAGACCUAGCCAGUGAGAACCCACUGAGUCUCAGUAGGACUAAGGGAUACCAGGUCCAGUAGUCCCACAGCUCCUGACCUGGAGGUCCCAGAGUCAGCCUCCAAAAUCAUUGUCCCAUCUCCCAGGCCAUGCAUUCUAUGUCUGCCCUGGUCACCCUCCAGUCUGCAACUGCCCCAGGGCAGACUAGCAGAGCUGGCCUCUAAAUCCCUCACCCUAGCUUUGAUGGUCACCAUGGAGACGUACAGUACUGCCUCCUCCUUUUUGGAGUCUUAGGCAUGUGGGACACUUCCCACAGGUCAGACUCAGUGUAGCAGUGAGCUCCUUAUUUGGUGGAAGUGGUGGAAGAGGCUUCCAGAGCUGACCCCUCUCUGCUGCUCUACCCACCCAGACAGUUGCAUUGCCAGAAGCUGGCUGGCUGCAUCCUAAGGAUGGUACUGGCUUUCUCUGUGGCCUCUGAAAUGCUGUUGUACAUAAGGCGUGGGUAAACCAAGUCUGAUCUUUUGUAGAUGCAAUAAAUAUAUUUCACACAGUCACAAUGGGCAGAAGGUUAAAUGUUUCUUCCCUCCCUCAGAGCUGAAGCUGUGAGGAAAAAGGGGGGAGAGGGGGGCAAGGAGGCUGAGCUGGGAGGGUCCGGCCAGGGAAGUGCCUGCGCCUGCCAGCAGGACUCAUACUCUGUGGGGACUGAACCUGAGGGGAGGAAUGAAAGCUAGAACUUUCUUGUAAUUUGAAACUUGGCAAUAAAAAGCAAAACCAAUGGCCCAGGA